AUGGGCUCCAGGAUCAAGAGUCUUUUGAAAAGUUUCCUACAACCUCGGGGCUUUACCAUCUAUCGAACGUACUAUGGGCCCGGAUCUGAUCAGCAAUGGGACGAGUUGAUCCAGGCUAUCACCAUUGGCGCCAAGGAUGCAAUUAGAGAAAAGACUAAAUUUACCGAUGACCCUGCCAUGAUUGCUAAAGUGGAGGAACUCUUUAAACAAGAUACUCGCUCAGAUCCUACGGUUUUGGAAGGCUUGACGCUAGAAGAAGUACGGCAGCUUCAUCACAAAGGAACGGGAGGCCAGCCGAUCAACAUAGACAGGGACCUAUGGCGAAUAUUCAUACUGGGUGACACGGAGGUAUUUUAA